CACUCCAUUGCUGCUAGACGAUGUGUACGCCAUCCAUUCCUCAAUGAGAAUUCUCCACUGGGAAAGGAAUCAUCCAAUAUCUUUGUUAUAAAGGAACCGAGUUGCCACUUGUACAUGAUACGAGUACAACUUAGUUGAACCUCUGCGAAGCCUUGCUCUGCUUCUCUUCCAUGUCGUGCCUGAGUCUAAAGCUUCCUCCUGCUCGAAAGGUAUGGAAAAAUUUCACUUGUACAAUUGGAAAACUUCGCAGGAUUAACAAGUCCAAAGCCAUUAAAAAACCCAGAAAGCAUAUGAAGAGGAGUAUCCUUGUCUCAUCCACCAAAAGGCCCUACAAGCUGCCUCCUAGGCGUUUCAGCCAGAAAAAGAUACCAGGAUUCAGGAGUGUUUUCUAUGGCUUUCACAAGAAACCUGCGCCUGUUUAUAUUGACAAGCUCUUUAAAGAGCCGAUCUGUGAUGCAGUGAAGCAUGUGAAGCCAGAUGUGGCAGAAAAUCCACCACACGAAAGGCUUCAAAGCUUCGCGAUGAAGCAGAGGAAAGACAGCAAAGCUUGCACAUCGGAUGAUAUGUGGGAGUCUCUGGCCUUAGCCUCGCCUCUGAUGCAGGGAAUAAAUGAAAGAGCAGAAAAGUUCAUAGCCCGGUUCAGGAAGGAGAUGGUGGCUCAAGAGAUAUUAGCCAGAAAUUUAUAGUACUUAGAGUUAGACUGGGUUUCUUAUGAUGUUUCCGUUGCAAAAAUUGAGGAUAGCAUUAGAGAUAAGGAUUUCGGUGAAGUUUAUAGAUUUAGUUAGCGAUGGUGAUUAAUGUACAUAGAGAAACGAACUGCGUGUAUGAUUUGUUUCUCUAGUGUAGAGCCUGUAUGUCGACUCUCUAAGCACUAUAAGAUUUGCUUCUCUUGUAUUUUAUGUUACGAAAAAUUGGGGAAAAUAUGUGAGAUAAUCUUGAAAUUUCAUAGACGAGAACAGAA